AUGCCUGUCUUGAGCAACGGCAUCAGUAUCCUGUAUACCCCCGAGAAGACGGACCCUUUCGCAGACAUCGUCUUUGUCCAUGGAUUCCAAGGCCACGCAAGAAAGACAUGGACAGCACGCGCGCCAAAAUCCACGAAAUCCAGAGGCCGGCAGCAAAAACCAGCUGUCCUGGACCGGCCUACCGUUAGGGACUCGCAGUAUCAGUUAACGCCAGAUGAUGGCCAGCCAGAAGACUCCAAGACAGACAUCUUCUGGCCCUCGGAUCUGCUGCCAGAAGAGUGUCCCGACUGUCGAAUUAUGACUUUUGGGUAUAACUCGAUGGUAUCCAAAUUCUUCGCAGGCCCGGCGAACCAGAAUAGCCUCCUCGAGCAUUCCAGGAAUUUCCUACAUGCGCUUGGGCGAAGUAGAGACGAUUGUGUGAGUCCGUCAAUCUUCUUGUGUGGUGUUGGUAACUACGAGGUCGAUAUAUCAUUUUUGUGGCCCACUCGUUUGGAGGUCCUUCGCCUUGCCGCCAGAGACGAAGAUGCCUCUGUGCUUGAUAUCAGAGAUUCCACCAAGGCAGUCUUCUUCCUCGGGACGCCCCAUCAUGGCAGCGGACUGGCAACGUCUGGCGAGAUGAGGAGAAAAAUGGUUGCAUUCAGCAUGUUCAGCACCAACGCGUACAUUCUACGCGCCUUGCACUAUGGCAGCCAUGAAAGCAAAGUUGCUCAUGAUGACUUUAUGCGCCAAUGGCACCAAGAACGAUUUCUGGUCCGCACUUUUCAAGAAAGCCUCGCUUUUGGAAUCUUUCCUGGAGUUUCGGGAAAGAUAGUUCCUGAUAUAUCCUCAUCGCUGGGGGACCCAAGGGAGAAUGCCCAAUAUAUUAAUGCUAAUCACCGUGAUAUGUGCCGUUUUACAGGUAAAGAUGACCCUGGAUAUCAACAAGUGGGAAGUGAACUACGAAGGGUUACAAACAAACUUCGCCUGGAGUAUAAGAUAUCACAAGACAAGGCACAGGAUGUCAAAUCCGAACAUAUUGAAUGUCUACGUUCAUUGUCCGUCCCCGAAGCUGACAUGUGGGACUACAACGUUGACCAAGAAGUCCAAGCCACUUGUACUUGGCUGUUCGAUAAAGAAGAAUAUUGUUCUUGGAAAGAUACAUCCAACUUAGACUUGAAGAGUUCUCUUUUACGGGUUAAAGGGAAGCUGGGAACUGGAAAAUCAACCUCUGUAAGGGUUGCUAUGUCAAGACUAUGGAGUGAGCAAUCAACCUGUCCUGGGAUCAAACUAGCAUUCUUCUUCGAUAACCUUACCAAUACCCCCGGGAACCCUCAACUUCGGCUCUUCAAAUCACUUCUGUUCCAGCUCUUCCAACAGUCAAAGCAAAUUUUCCUUAGGUUUAUGCCCAUCUUUCGCCGAAAGAAAGGUUUACACAAUAACCACUGGGCAUGGAGUGAAGACGAGCUGAAGUCCUUUUUCCUAUCAGUAAUGAAAGAUCUGCCUGUUUCUUCGGCUUUUAUAUUCAUUGAUGCUCUCCAUGAAUGCGAUGAGGCUAGAGAUGUCAUUACGUUUUUUGAGUCAGUUCGCACUUCCAGCAUUGAGAAAAACAUCCCCUUGAAGAUAUGCUAUUCCAGUCGGCAUUACCCUCCCAUAGAUGUUGGGGACUACGCUGAACUCAUUAUUGAUGCACACAACAAUUAUGAUAUCGAAAAUUAUAUCCAAAGGAAAUUGAAACCCCUGCUCAAGAGACGAUAUAUUGACAGGCUUAUGGACCGUAUUGCCGAGAAAGCCCAGGGGGUGUUUCUAUGGGUUGUUCUGGUUGUGGGUAAGGUUAUUAAAGCCCAUGACCAGGGUGAAUCAAUGGAACGAAUGCAAGAAAUUGUUGAAAAUGUGCCAGAUAAGCUGGAGUCCCUCUAUAGAGAGGCUCUCAAGUCUGCCCUCCUGAAUCGUCCCGGCGAAACAUUGUCCAUAUUCCAAUGGGUUCUCUGCACUUCCAGAUUGCUUAGCUUGACCGAGCUACGUUAUGCCCUGAUAUUUCAGAAGAAUGGAUACAAAUCCCAGGCCGAAGCCGAAAGUUGUUCAUCCUUUAUUGAAUGUGACGAGCAAAUGGAUAUACUUCACAGAGUCCGCACAGGUGGCCUAACGGAUACAAGCACUAGGAAGGCGAUAAACACGGCGUAUGCGCGCCAGAUAUUUGACGCGGACAACCAAACUACGAUCCAUCUCGUGCACGACUCGGUAAGAGACUUCCUCUUGAACCACGGUGGCCUCAAACUUCUUGAUUCUGGAUCCGCCGAUGACCUACUUCGUCAGGGUCACAAGAGACUCGCAGAAGCAUGUAUAAACUAUUUAAACUUAGCCGAAUUGCAACAUAUAGCAAAGACUCGACCUGAGCCGGAUGUCCUUGGUCUAACAAAAUCAGUUGAGCUCUUUCAGCAACUUUGCCGCCAGCUCCCAUUUCUCCACUAUUCUCUCAAUUCGGUUUUCAAGCACAUCGAGGCAGCCGAGCUUUGCUCCAUGGAUGAUAAUGGCCCACCUUCAUAUUUAUAUCAUCGCAUGGAGAAUACAUUCUUUGUUUGGAGGUACCUCUCUGACCUCGAAAGUAAAUGCCGCUUUAACGAAGUCCAGGGAAAGGAGACAAUCCUAGCCCAUUUGGCAGCAGAAUACGGGCUGGUCAGCUGGGUUAAAUACUACAUCUCAAGCGGCGGGGAUGUUCACAGGGAGGGUGGUCGAUUUGGUACACUGCUUCAGGCAGCAGCUGGCAUGGGUCAUGAGGAAGUGUUUGACCUCCUUCUGAGCCAUGGAGCAGACGUUAAUUAUUUAUCCGGGAUGCUGGGAUUAGCGUUGGUCGCAGCUGCCUCAGAGAGCCAUUUAUCCAUUGUCAAAACCCUUAUUCAGCGAGGCGCAAAUGUCAAUGAAGAAUGCGGGCCAUACGGAUGUGCCCUACAGGCUGCUGUUCGUUCUCCAAGAGACAGCAGCAAGCUUGUACAUAUGCUUCUUGAUGCUGGAGCGGAUAUCCAUAUGCAACACGGAAUAUAUGGCACUCCUCUCCAGGCAGCAGCUUAUAAAGGCAGGGAAGAAAUAAUCAGAACCCUACUCGCGAGAGGAGCCCAAGUCAAUAUUGUAUCCGGUAAAUAUGGAACCGCCCUUGGUGCAGCUGCAUUCCAAGGCCAUGACCAAAUAGUUCAAAUAUUCCUUGAGCACGGCGCUGAUACAACCACGGAAGCGGGUGACUAUGGCAAUUCCACAUGGGCAGCAGCGUACAAUGGGAAGGAGUCUGUCCUACGGCAACUUCUCCGCCAUCGCUAUCCAUCCUGGCAAGAUGAUAUCCUGGAGAGUGAAGUACGAGGCAUGAUGAACCAAGCCAUGCGUACAGUAGCGUUCCAUGAAGCUGCAGAAGAUGGGGACUUUGAUUCGGUCAAGAAAUCAUUGGAAGAGGGCAUCGACCCAAAUGCAAGAGGAGGAGUUGAUAGCUCUGCUUUACAUGCAGCAGCGUUCUAUCAACACGCCGAGAUAGUAGCUCUAUUGCUUGCUCAAAAGGAUAUCAAUGUUGAUGUCAGGGACUAUGACGGCCGAAGCCCAUUAUGGAUAGCAGCAAGUGACGGGAAUAUCGAGAUCACAAAGAUGCUUCUCAACACCGGUCGAGUCGACGUUCGACAAAAACCUGCUUCAGGACGCAAUCUCCUAUGGUAUGCGGCUAAAGAUGGAAGAAUGGACAUGGUCCGACUGAUGUUGGAAGCUGGUGUAGACCCCUUUGAGGUUGAUGAUGAUGGCGUUUCACCAAUCAUGAGGGCCGAAAAGGAAGGACGAAAAGAGGUGGUUUCACUAUUCCAGACGGGUAGGGAGAAGAAAUAG